UGUACGCUGUACGGGACCCUCUGUGCGAGGUCCUGAUCAUGUGAUCACUGAUUAGCCAAUCACCUGCACGUUGUACGGGACCCUCUGUGCGAGGUACUGAUCAUGUGAUCACUGAUUGGCCAAUCAGUGAUCACAUAAAUAAGUGUAAGCAAGAUGUCACUUCUGACAUCAAUGCUUACUACGUGUGAAAUCUGUGAAGGAUCACAGCUUGUCACAUGGUACAAGGCUGUUGUGAAUAGCCCUGUACCAUGUGAUCUCUGUGAUCAUUCACAG